AUGACCCAUUCCUGCUGUUGCCCUUGCUGCCAGCCCACCUGCUGCCAGUCUACCUGCUGUAGGACCACCUGCUGGAGACCCACCUGUAUGACCAGUUGCUGCUGCCAGCCCUGCUGCCAGCCCAGCUGCUGCCAGCCAUGUUGCCAACCCGGCUGUUGUGAGUCCAGCUGCUGCCAGAUCUGCUGCCAGCCAGCUUGCUCUGGGCCUGUGUACUGCACCAGAACAUGCUACCACCCCACGUGCGUCCGUGUGCCCGGUUGCCUGUCCCAAGGCUGCGGAUCCAGCUGCUGCCAGCCUUGCUGCUGCUGA